GAGGCUUUGUGCCUGGCUGGAUUUUAAAGUGUCUCGUAGGAUGGGAUUUUCUCUCUGUGGAGCUCUCUGUGUUUGAGGGAAAUGGCAUGAAAAGAUAUCCGUGAGCUAGCCUACUUCAGAAAUCAUUAAAAGAGGGGGGGGAAGUGACAUUGCAAUUACAACUGUUGCUCCUAUUACUUUGAGAAACAACAACAACAAUAGGUGGACUGUAGAGAAAACCAUGGUGAGGUUGAGAGCUACCAUUCUUUUUUGCCUAGGUUUUCUUCUGGUUUCUGUUCAAGGUCAAGGCGACUUUGAUUUGUCUGAUGCUCUUGAUCAUUCAGAGAAACUGACUACCAAGAAACCUGCACCACCUACCAAAAGGCCAGCAUCAGAUGACCACCCAAAACCCCAGCCACAUCCUCAUCCACGACCAGGGAGCAAUAGCAACACUGGUGAUAUCAGUGACUUAGAUCUCAAUGAUGGGAAGCCUUUGCCACCAAGGCCACCAGGAGAAAGGGAACAGAAUUACAAUCAUGAAGGAAACACUGAUACUGGACUAGCAGCUGGAGUUGCAUCUCCUGUGGUUUCUGCAUUUGUGCUGUUGAUUGUUGGAUCAGUAGCUGGCUACAGAGCUUACAAGAAUAAGCAACUUUGUUUUAAACCACGUGGUGAGACAUCUAUAUAAGCUGCCAGGACAUGACCUACACAGUGAUAGUGGCAAGAUCAGUCCAAGAUGUAUAAAAUACAUAUAUUGCUCUCCUGAAAAAAUAAUGCAUAAAAUGUUGUUUUUUUUCCUUGGGACAAAAAAAA